AUCUGCAACCUCAUAGCUUGAGGCUGAAGUUCCAGGUUGUCUGCUGCAAAUCAUCCGCGGGCCAAGUCAAAUCCACAGCGGGGCUGUCAGAUCAUCUCUGGUAGGACCCUUAAGAGACUCGCAGCCAUGAGAGCCUCUCAGUCUUCUCUUCGACGAGCGUCCCGGCUUCGCCUCCCAGCCCGACCGCAUCUCGCUGCGUCUCAGCGUCAAUGGGUUCGUUACAACAGCGGCGAGGCAGAGCCAGAGGCAGGUCCCAAGCGGCGAGGAGGCAAGGCCGUCGGAUUUGCCGCCGUCUUCGCUGCGGCGGCAGCCGGAGCAUACUACUACCCCAGGCUCCGAGAUCAGCUCACCCCAGCUUCCAAGGAGACCGAGACAAGGACGGCGGAAGGAUAUCAGAAGGCCGAGCUGGAGUUUGAAAAGCCUCGCGAGCAGGCCGUCUCAAAGGAAGACAAUCGCGACCUGAUCAGCUCCCAGCACCUCCAAGUGAAGAAGAGCUGGGAGCUUCCUGGAGUGUUCGCUUGGGGUUCCAAUACAGGAAAGGUCAUUGACCCCAGCUCAAGCGAGAAAUACAUUAAGCAUCCGCGCAGGAUAUCCUUCUUCGACAAUCAGCUUCUUCGCGAUUUGAAGCUGACCCAGAAUUUUGGUGCAGCCAUUACGGAAAAGGGCGACCUCGUGCAAUGGGGCUUGGGGUUUUCCAAGACAGAUCCCACACCUGUGACGACCCUGAAGGGCAAGGAUCUGUCCAAGAUUCAAGUGUCAGAGGACCGAAUCAUUGCUUUAUCCCGCGGCGGUUCUGUCUAUGCCAUUCCAGCCUCGCGUGAUGACCAGGAAGGCGGCAAGAAGCUGGAGGAGAACAAGAGCUCGUGGUCUCUCUGGUCCUCUCCAUCUGGCAGCGAAUCUAUCAGCUUCCAGACCCUGACUCCAGCGGGUCUUAAAUGGGGUGAGCGCGUUACUGAUAUCAGCAGUGGCCUUGAGCAUUGCUUGAUGCUCACAUCAAGCGGCCGGGUCUUCUCUUCUGCCUCAAGUGCCUCAUCCUUCCCGAGCAAAGGACAGAUGGGCAUCCCGGGCCUCACUUGGGAGACACGCCCCAAGGGACGCUAUGAUCAGCCGCACGAGAUCUCGUCGCUCAAUGGGUUUGACAUUAAGAAGAUCGCGACAGGAGACUACCACUCAGUUGUCCUAGACAAACUUGGGCGGAUCUUUACCUUUGGCGACAACACAUUCGGUCAACUUGGCUUUGAGGCACAACUGGGAGAUUCUUCUGUCUCUACGCCUACAAUCUUACCGGUCCAUAAGCUGUAUGCGAAAAGCGGACUGAUCCCGAAAGUCUCGUCAAUUGCCGCUGGCGGAAUGAAUACUUUCUUUGUCUGCGAGGCCGAUAUGCCCGACGCGAGCGGCACCGAGGCCGGCGCUACGGCGCCUUCCAGGAGACUACCGCGGAGCACAUGCGACGUCUGGGCCGCAGGACAGGGCACCACCGGCUCGCUAGGCACUGGGAAAUGGACUCACGUCUCCCUUGGGCCAACAAAGGUCAAGGCGCUGUCGGGACUCUCUGAGUUUGACGAGAGAAGCAACCAGCUGAUGCCCAUCAAGAUCAAGGACCUGAGCAUUGGCACAACCCACAGCGCGGCAGUCAUGGACAACGUUACACAAACGUCCGUGUCGGGCCGGUCCUCCGAGAACGAGACGAACUGGGGCUCUGACGUCGUUUUCUGGGGAGGCAAUGAGCAUUACCAGCUGGGGACGGGCAAGCGGAAUAACUUGAACGCCCCAAGCUACAUUGGACCACUUGAUGGGGGCGAAGGGGAUGCUGCACGAGGAAGAGAGGGUGAAGUGCAUCGAUUAUGCCUCACGCCUCGACAGACUGCACGGCUAGGAGAAGGUGGUAAGGGCCGCAAAGCGACGCUGGAGCAAAAAGUCGAGUGCGGUCGAUUUGUCACAGGGGUCUACUCUGCCAUUUGACGGAAGCAGGGAAAAGGGGGGGCAACGGGGAUAGGCGAGAGGCUGUAACUAUGGAGCGAUGUGAAAAGGGCUGUUGAAACGGACCACGGGCAACCAUAGGCCAGGGCUCAGCUGAUGCAAGGUUGUUGGCUGCACACAUCCGACCUGUUACCGAAGCACGUCGAUGUGUAGGUUUGUUGUGUGUGUCACAUGUCUCACACAUGGGCUGCGUGGUGAUGGUGUGUGCGACGGAUCAUCGUUGCUGGGUGGUGCUGAAACGGACAAUGACGGGUGGAGGGACACGACAAACGAAAACGAAGAGAGAGAAAUGGAAAAGGGGGCACAAGGGAAAAGGAGGAAAAGGUAACGCAGAGGAGGAUCAGAGGAAACAGCGUCAACACUUGUGUAUGUACGAUAUCAAGAUCGAUCUCUACCAUGGUGUAUCUUUGAACUUGUAGGAUUACCUUACCUUGUGCUUUGUAUACACCAGACAACCCGAUCGGGAACCUCAA